AUGGAUGGGGUGGCUGGAGGUGUGGGGACCCCCGGCAGCGCCCCGGGGUCCGGUGGGGGGGGCAGCCUGCCCAGACGUGCCGGGGGGGAGUCGAAGCGGCGCAGUAAGAGCAGCCUGCCCUCCCCGGGCUACCGGCUGUCUCAGGCCUCGCUGGAGGGGGAGAAGCUCUCCUUCGGGGCGGAUAGCACUUCCUCAGGUGGCCGCGGCCGUCGUCUCUCCAUCAUGAGCUCCUCCACCCGGGACGGCCUUCCCUUCCGGCCCGCGGGCACACCGACCACCCCGGGGGCCCUGCCGCCUCCGCCGCGCUCGGUGGGCUUCGCCGCGUCCCGCGCAGCCCACCCCUCCACCUCCUCCACCGGGACCGGAGUCAUGGUGGUGGCCACCGGGCAGGAGACCACCACCACCACCACCUGCAACACCACCGCAGCAGGGACCCCCGAGAUGAUGGGUCAGUCCAGUCUGGGUAUGUUCGGCCUGGGGCUGGACGGAGAGGACUACAUGAACUCCAACCAGAACACCUUCAUCCAGAGGCAGUUCGGAGCCAUGCUGCAGCCCGGGGUCAACAAGUUCAGCCUGCGCAUGUUCGGAUCCCACAAGGCUGUGGCAAUGGAGCAGGAGAGGCUGAAGUCAGCAGGGACAUGGAUCAUACACCCCUACAGUGACUUCAGAUUCUACUGGGACCUGUUGAUGUUAGUGUUGAUGAUGGGGAACUUGAUCGUCCUGCCGGUGGGCAUCACUUUCUUUCGAGACGAGAACACUGCCUCAUGGAUCAUCUUCAACGUGGUCUCCGACACUCUCUUCAUGGUCGACCUGGUUCUUAACUUCAGGACGGGCAUCGUCAAGGAAGACAGCACUGAAAUAUUGCUGGACCCAAGGGCCAUUCGCCAGAGAUACCUGAAGAGCUGGUUCAUCGUGGACUUUGUGUCGUCCAUCCCGGUGGACUACAUCUUCCUGAUGGUGGACAGUCUGGACACUGAGGUCUACAGGACAGCCAGGGCGCUGCGCAUCGUUCGUUUCACCAAAAUCCUGAGCCUGCUUCGGCUGCUCCGCCUGUCCAGACUCAUCCGCUACAUCCACCAAUGGGAGGAGAUCUUCCAUAUGACCUAUGACCUUGCCAGUGCCAUGGUCAGGAUUGUGAACCUGAUCGGUAUGAUGCUGCUGCUGUGCCACUGGGACGGCUGUCUCCAGUUCCUGGUCCCCAUGCUGCAGGACUUCCCUCCUGACUGCUGGGUUUCCAAGAACCUGAUGGUGAACGACACAUGGGGCCUGCAGUACUCCUAUGCUCUUUUCAAAGCCAUGAGCCACAUGCUGUGCAUUGGUUACGGUGCACAGGCUCCAGAGGGGAUGACUGAUGUGUGGCUCACCAUGCUCAGUAUGAUCGUCGGCGCCACCUGCUACGCCAUGUUCAUAGGCCACGCCACCGCCCUCAUCCAGUCGCUGGACUCCUCACGACGACAGUAUCAGGAGAAGUACAAGCAGGUGGAGCAGUACAUGUCAUUCCAUAAGCUUCCUGCAGAUGUUCGGCAGAAGAUCCAUGAGUACUACGAGCACCGCUUCCAGGGGAAAAUGUUUGAUGAGGAGAACAUCCUGGGAGAACUCAGUGAGCCGCUCAAAGAGGAGAUUGUCAGCUUUAACUGCCGUAGCCUGGUGGCUAACAUGCCGCUGUUCGCCAACGCUGAUCCCAACUUUGUGACUGCCGUGCUGACCAAGCUCCGCUUUGAAGUGUUUCAGCCGUCGGACUUCAUCAUCCGCGAGGGCACAGUGGGACGGAAGAUGUUCUUCAUCCAACACGGGCGAGUCGGUGUGCUGACCCGUGGCAACAAUGAAACCAAGCUGAGUGACGGGUCCUACUUUGGAGAGAUCUGUUUGUUGACUCAUGGACGGAGGACAGCGAGCGUCCGGGCAGAUACGUACUGUCGUCUGUACUCUCUCAGCGUGGACAACUUUAACGAGGUGCUGGAGGAACAUCCAAUGAUGCGACGUGCCUUCGAAACUGUGGCUGUUGACCGUCUGGACCGUAUUGGCAGGAAGAACUCCAUGCUCCUGCGGAAGUCAUCCCAGGCUGGUUCACUGGGGGGCAGCAUGGGUCGUGGUGGAGGCCGAGGUGGAGGGGGUCCCGGAUCGGGGGGAGGCCUUGCAGCUUGCGGUCUGGGUUCCUGUGACAGCAUGCUGGUGCAGCAGAUUGUCAAACACGACAGCAUGCCGGCCAUGCAGGACGCCAUCGCCGCAGCGGCUGCAGGAAGAGGCGGAGUCAUGGGAGGAAGCGGCACAGUGUCUCCUCGGCCACGCCCGCUCAUCUGGGCGCCGCUGGUCCACGCUCCCCUGCAGACUGCAGCUGCCACCACUAAUGUAGCCAUCGCCCUCAUGCACCACCAGCAGCAGCAGCAGCAGCAGCUCCAGCAGUUGCAGCAGCAUGCACUCGGAGGAACCUUCUUCCUGCCCUCCCCUCUUGUCUCCCCCUCUCCCUCCUCUUCGUUUCCUCUGUCACCUCCUCGUGCUCCUGUGUUGCAGCCCCCCCGCCCCUCUGUGAGCUCCCUCAUAGGGAUGAUGACGAUGGGAGGAAUGGGUGCUUUGUCCCCAAGAGGGGGAUUUCCUGCCUCCCCCUCAACCAUGGGCCCUCUUGGUGGGAUGACAUCACCACCUAUUGCCAAAACACCACCCACUCCAGCUUCUUCUGUCCCAAUGUCUGUCCAACAAGGACGGACUCUUCAUUUCAGCCUCCGUCCCCAGGCCGAUCAUCCUUCAAUGAUAGCUGGACCCCAAACAGGGGGAGGACCACCCACUCCACCCCUCCAUAAGGUGCCGGCCCCCCACCCAGCAGCUGCUCCUAGUGCCCCAGCAGAUGGCAGCAGUUCUGUGACUGGUCAGAAGGGGGCAAAAGAAGCUCUGUUACGUCAUGGAGGAAACAGCUCCGGGUGUCUUCCGGCACUGGGCAGACUCACCCAGGAAGCCAGGCUGAUGUCCGCCUCGCAGCCCUCUCUGCCCCACCGCCAGCCGCGCCCACCUCUCCACCGGAAGGCCUCUGGUGGUAAUUUGUUGGCAGCUCCUUUCCUGGCAGGGCAGUUAGCCAGGGGAGGCAGUGCAGGCAUGCUGACCUCCAACGCUCCAGUGCAGCUGGCAACGUAUAUACCGUUUAAUGCACAAGCACAAGCUACAGGUCCCAUUCAGUCCAUUCUUCCACAGGCCACCCCUCCACACACGGGCAAGUACACACACUCUUCACCUCACACUGCCUCUGUUCCCGCCCCCACCGCUGCACACAUGCCUUCCCCGGCUUCUAUGCCCUCUCCCUCCCCUCCGAAGCAAACCCCACUCUCCUCUGCCACCCCUUCACCUGCACCCACCCCUUCAUCUCCCACCCCCGUCCUCUCCCAACCAGCUCGCCCGAAACCAAUCCCGAUGCCCCCCUCUCGCCCCUCCUCUCCCUCUCCCUGCACCAGUCCGCCCUCAGCUGGAACCAGCCCGUUGUCGCUGUCCUCGACUCCUCGUCCCAGACCCCUCCCUACACCUCCCCCCCGCUCCUCCUCUCCUUCCCCCUCCUCUACGCCGCCCCCAUCCUCUGUCUCCACCCCUGUUUCACUACCUCAACCUUAUGGGCCUAAAUUAUCACUUACCUCCUCUCCCCCUCCCUCCUUGUUAGUCGCCUCCUCUCCGCUGCCUCCCCAGAACCCCAGAGCCAAGGCCUCCAGCACGCCUCCUUCUGCUUCUCUGUUGUCUGGCCUCAGCCCUCCCCCAACCCCAAUCCCUUCUCCAAUCCCAACCCCCACUCAGAGUACUCGCUCCUCUAUCCCAUCCCAAACUCCAACGCAAACCAUCACACCUACCUUUACCCCUACACCCUCUCCAACCCUUGCUACAUCAGUGCCCUCCCUGACUAAAGGGAGUCCAAACACUUGUCUCCAGACCUCCGUCCCCAGCUCAAUUAGGUGCCCCACUUCGAGCCAGAUCCUAAAACAGGCCAAAACAGGCCAAACUCCAGCUCCUGCCUCAACACCUGCUUGCACCACUUCCACUAAAGUUACAUUCUCAGUUCAUCCUGUGAAGCAAACCCCUCCUGUCAUCUCCUCAAGCCCGAGCUCAGGCUCCGCCCGCUCCACAACCGCAUCGACAACCUCAUCCUCGACAAGUUUACGCCCACACCCCAGCUCCACUAACCCCUCCUCUCUCACAACCACCUCUCCAAAUACCUCUCGGGCAUCUACCACUUCACCCACCCAAUCAGCAAAUGCAGCCACCACUGCCAAAACCACCUCCCCUAAAGGUGGGAAAAUUGAGUCUCAACUAGAACUCACCAGAAAAGACUCAGAGGGUCUCAGACACAAACUGCCCCCCAACGUGUAA